AUGACCUCACAAACAACGGCACUCCAGCUGGGCAACCCCCGCCAUCUUCUCCCAACGAACUGGAAGAAGGUCGUAUCCUCGUGGUUGGACGAGGAUACUCCGUCGUUCGACUAUGGAGGUUUUGUUGUUGGGGAGUCUGAACAGGUCGCUAUUCUUUUUGGGAAGGCUCCGGGUGUACUCGCAGGCGUCCCGUUCUUCGACGAAGUCUUUGCCCAAGUGGGCUGCAAAGUAGAAUGGCUAAUCAAAGAAGGAGAGUUCUUUGAACCAGGCCCAGCGGGCAAGAAGGAGGUGGCACGCGUGCACGGUCCCGCUCGUGCGCUGCUGCUGGGCGAACGACCGGCGCUGAAUAUGCUGGCCCGCGCUUCUGGAAUUGCGACGAGGGCGAGACGACUGAGAGCAUUGAAGGAUCAACACGGAUGGAAGGGGGUCAUUGCGGGGACGAGGAAGACUACGCCUGGCUUCCGGAUUGUUGAAAAGUACGCCAUGAUUGUGGGUGGCGUCGACACCCACCGCCACGACCUCUCGUCGAUGAUUAUGCUGAAGGAUAACCAUGUAUGGGCAACAGGCUCCAUCACCGCCGCCGUCCGCGCAGCCCGCUCAACAGGCGGUUUCGCGCUAAAGAUCGAAGUCGAAUGCCGCAGCGAAGAAGAAGCCAUCGAAGCGAUCGAGGCAGGGGCCGACAUUGUCAUGCUGGACAACUUUGCACCUUCACAGCUCACCGCGUCGGCAUUGACGCUGAAGAAGAAGUACGAAGGGAAGAAACACUUCUUGAUUGAGGGAUCGGGGGGCUUGACGGAGGACAACGUCGCGGGGUACUUUGGAGAAGGUGUCGAUGUCCUCAGCUUUGGGUCCCUAUCGCAAAGCGUGCAUCAUAUUGACUUUUCGCUCAAAGUUCAGCCGAAAUCGAAGUAA